GUGAAGAGUCGCACCAUGGCAAGACUGAGCACAGCGACAAGACACAAGGUAUGGACACCCAGCUGGUAGUGCGACCCCUGCUGGAUAAAGUGGAGAAGAACACCCAGGAGUCAGCGCUGCGCAAAAUAGCUUUCCCACAUAGAAGCCUGGUUUGUUGUGCAAAGAAAGCAGGACUGCUGCUCUUCCAGUUCCCUGAUCAUUUAGAGCUGUGGAGAGUGGGGGAGAGUGAUGGACAUGGAAAGCCUGGUGACAGUCUACGUGUGAAGAGAAAACCAGAGAAACUGAUCCAGCUGAAGAGGAAGGGAGAUGAUCAUAUCUGCUGCAGUGCCUUGUCUCCAUGUGGAGGCUGGUUGGCGUACUCCACUGUCUCCAGUGUCCGUCUCUACAGAUUACAGCACAACAACAUCAGCAUCACCAAGGUGUCCAAACUACCUAAAGACUUUCGCUCGGCCAACCAGCUCUGCUUCUCCUCGGACUCCUCCAGGCUCUUUGCUUCCUCCAGUCAUUCUUCAGUCAUUGUUGUUGCCCUCAGCCAGCCCGAGUGCAAAUACCUUCAUACUCUCAAACCCAAGUCAGGCUCCAGACAGCCAGUCCACCUGCUGUUUGCCAGUGAGGAUGGCAAAUGGCUCGCUACUGCAAACACAGACUGUGAGAUCCACGUCUACAACCUUCACAAGCUAAAGCUUCAUUGUACAGUUCCUGUGUACAGCUCCUGUCCCACUGCCAUAGCCAUCCACCCAGCAACCAGCAACCUUGUCAUGGUGCACGCUGACCAGCAGAUCUUGGAGUACUCUCUAGUACAGAAGGAAUACACAGAGUGGAGCCGGACGCUGCAGAAACACGGACUGCACUCUCUGUGGUUGGAGAGGGACACACCCGUCACCCACGUCGCUUUCAAUCCUAAAAACCCAGCUCACAUCAUUCUGCACGACAUGUUUAUGUUCUGCAUCAUUGACCAGAGUCUGCCCCUUCCUGAAGCGAAGGCCCUGCUCUACAAUCAGAUGACACUGAGGAGUCUUCCUGAGCCCGAGAGGAUCAGACACAGCCACGCCUUUAAGAUAUGCAAGAAUUUCCAGCACCUCAUGUGUGUGAGCAUAUUGGAGGACCAUUCUCUGGUGGUAGUGGAGCGCCCCCUGUUGGACAUCAUGUCUCAGCUGCCUGCACCUGUCCGGCAGAAGAAGUUUGCCACAUAAACGGACUGAAGCGGGUUUCCUGGAGGUGUCUCAGCCCAGAGGUUCAUAUCAGAGGAAAUGAUUUGUUACCUUAUUGUGUUAAUUCCCACAUUUAAAAUAAUUUUCAACAAGUGUUAAAUGUGUCACCACUUUGUAAUAAAUAGAGCUGUUAACAUGG